AUGUUGUUCGAACUGAAGAAAGGCCCCGCAGUUAAGAGCCUAGCGUUCAAAGAGCUUGUUGAAAAGGUCCUAAGCGACGAGACGAAUGUUAGAGCCUUAUCCCAAGAGACCACGAUAGAAUGUAGAAAGCUGAGCAUGUUUACCACAGAGCGCGAUCUGAGACUGAAACUGGAGACCGAAAACAUCCUGGGGAAGGUGCCGAUGAAAAUUCGGCUAAAGAGUCGCACAUUAGCAAUCCUGAUACCGUUCGUUAUUAUUGCAGAUGGUGUAAAAAGCUGGAUACUCGUCGGAAGGAAACCGGUCGAUAUAGCAGGGGACUUCAAUGUCUGGGCGGUGGAGUGGGGAAGCAGAUGUACCAACGUAAGAGGAAACAGCCUACUGGAAGCCCUGGCUAAGCUAGAGGUAAGACUCAGCAACGAAGGCGCCAUCAGUACCUUCCGCAGAGAUGAUCGGGAGUUUAUGAUUGACGUCACCUUCUGCAGCCCAUCUUUGUUGGCAAAUAUGAACUGGAGGGUGUGCGAACAAUACACUCAUAGUGAUCAUCAGGCGAUCCUGUACACUAUUGGCAAACGGAAUCUUGCAACAGGCCGAAGAAAUAGAGCUAACGACCGAAAGUGGAAGACGAAAGCCUUCGACAAGGACGUAUUCAUCGAAGAACUACACGCUGAUAGUGAUUCCCUGGACUUGAACGCAGAUCAACUGACAGAAACGGCGAGAAGACGCGUCCAAAGAGAACGGGACGACGCAGCCAGAGAAGUUCGUAGAGAAGCGUUUAGAGUGGCCAGGGCCGCCCUUAAAAAAGCGAUAAGGCAGAGCAAGACGAACUGCCUCAAAGAGCUAUGCCGUGAUGCGGAUGUCAACCCAUGGGGCAACACAUAUCGGGUGGUGAUUGCGAAAGUCAGUGGUCCAACGGUGCCAGCUGAAAUGUGUCCCGAAAAGCAAAAGGUGAUCGUUGCAGGGCUAUUUACAAAGCAUGACUCGACGAGCUGGCCAUUUUCGCCGUAUGCCGAGGAUACUGAACGCAGUCAGAGUGCAACCAAAAUGCUGAUAAGCCAAGCAUUGUUGCUCAGUAUUAUAGCUUGCUAUAUUGUACUGAGUAAUCAGGCAUCAACCCCCUUAGAUGACCACUACUGGGCGGGCGUUGUGGAAUUCAGCACUAAAGACAAAUACACAGAAGAGCCGGACAUAAACACAGCGAAAAACCUAGCAAAAUACAUCGAGCUCAUCAAUUCGACCGAUGCCGAUCCUCUGGACAUUAUCGUCUUUCCGGAACACGGUCUAGAUAGCAUCGGAACUGCUUCAUUUGUUCCGUCCCCGGAGGAACGAGUAGCACCUUGCAAUAAUUUACUGUACGAAACCACCGUUCGUGAUCUCUCUUGCGUAGCGAGACUGCGUCAAAAGUACUUGGUAAUCAACCUGCUGGAGAAAGCACUUUGUCCGCAGAAUGAUGAUACGCGACCAUGCGCUAAGGAUGGAUUGUACCGUUUUAAUACGAACGUCGUUUUCGAUCGAAACGGAUUCGUCAUCGCACGAUAUCGAAAAUAUAAUCUUUUCGGCGAAGCCGGAAUCAAUACGACGGUUUAUGCUGAAGCGGUGAAAUUCGAAACGGAUUUCGGGGUUACUUUUGGCACGUUCACUUGCUUCGACUUGUUGUUUGAUCAACCGGCAAUAUCGCUGAUACGUGAUGGAGUCACUGAUAUAGCUUUUCCAACAAUGUGGUUCUCGGAGUUGCCUUUCCUAACGGCGGUUCAAAUUCAGCAAGCGUGGGCCUAUAAGAACAAUGUCAAUUUCUUAGCAUCGGGAGCGAGCUAUCCGGAAAUUGGCAGCACCGGCUCUGGAGUUUUUGCCGGAAAGCGGGGAAGAGUUGUGUCCGUUAUGAAGCACCAUGCCGAUGUCAAACUGUACGUGGCUAAGGUUCCUAAAAUCGACCGACCGGAGGCUACCUUAGAACGGCAACCUCCUGAGAAAUAUACACCGUUGGAUAUGAAUAAUCUUGGACUACUUCGAGAUGAAAUUCAGAAUUAUAAUACAACGAGUUUACCGAUGUCGAGUAACAGUUCUUUCCAAACCACCUUAUGUCAGAAGCGGAUUUGCUGUGAUUUUGCUCUGGAUUACACGGUUUCAUCAUUUUUUUUUUCUGAACAGCAUUAUUACAACUAUCGGUUGGUGGCACGUGACGGAAUACGUACGUUUAGUGGCCUCGCGGAUGCUGCUGUUCUGGCCUGUGCCAUAGUUGCUUGCACCAAUGCGAGCAUCGAUUCCUGUGGAACACGGUUCAACGAUCCGUCGGCUGUGGUUAAUGCAGUACGAUUCAAUUCCAUACGGAUAGAUGGUGUUAUCCCGGGUGACGAAGAUUUUCUUCUAUUCCCGAAUAGUCUUGAUAUGAGUAUUUUACCACUGGAGGUCGAAGAAACCCAAUUCAGCGAACGGAUGUAUACGGAAAAUUCCACUACGUACAGAGAGAUUCAGCACAAAUUGGUUAAUCCACGCUCUGAUCUCCACACGUUUGCGAUUUGGGGUCGAGAUUAUACCCGAUGGGCCAGCAGCGCAAAGCGCUUGCUUCAUAGUACAGGGUUGGUGUUGAUUGCUGUACUAAGCUGCAUUUCAUUUAAAUAA